AUGGGCGCUCUUCGGCCGGAGCAGCCGCGUUCGCCCAUUCAUCUCUACCGGCACCUCCUCCGUGAGGCCGGCUAUCUCCCGCCCGUCUGCCGGCCCUACGUCACAAGCCGCAUCCAGCUCCAAUUCCGCCGCCACCGUCGAGACUCCGAGCCUGACCGUCACCUCCACCAAGCCAGCCAUGAUUUGCGUUACCUCCGCGCCGCCAACGCCGGUGAUAUGCCGCGUAUGCGCCGCAUCCUGCUGUUCUGCUUCGGUCGUGCCGGCCCUAGACGACGUCAGCUCAUCAAUCACCUCGUGGCCCCUGACCCGCCCGCCAACAGCAUCGAGCUGACCAAACACAUCAAGAACAUGGACAAGGACAAGAGACCAGGCCGCAACAAUGACGACACCGACAACACACAACCGAGGCGGUCCGACUUUCUCGAUCAGUGGCACCUGCCCAAGCUGCUCCAGUUCGUCAAGUCCCAAGCCAGCCUUUCUCUCGCCGACAGCCCUCGGCCCAAGAUCAGGACCAAGAGGAAGCUCGAUCCUGCUGCCAACCUCCCCACCGAGAACUCCUUUGGCCACCCGCUGUACCCCAAGGUGUACAGAACAAAGCUGCGGAAGGGCUGGAAGGACAUGAUCAAUCGUGUGCUCCCGCCCGUCGAGAAGGGCGAGUGGGAGCUCUUGCAGGCUCUGGCGACCGGGCAGGCCAAGCCCGAGCUGUGGCAAGUCCCUGCACGCAGGCCCGUCGCCGGAGAGUCGAGUGUGACACACGGCCUGGCGGCCUGGGACUGGGAGAGAUUGGCACAGAAUGCCGUCCGUCAUCUAGAGAUGCAAAGAUCUCGUCGCCUCAAGCUGCUGAGCGGAGAGAUCGACGAUGGACCUUACGGGCAGGGCGAGCCGCUGCACAUCCACCGCUACACCCCUCGCUUCUGGAGGCGCACGUAUGCUAAGCUAUGGGGCCUCACGGCGACCAUGGAGAAGCGGCAAGGCACGAAGGACGCUUGGGAUAUCAGAUGGGGAGGCGCAGAUCUGGCUCUUUCGGAAUGCAGUCCCGAACAGAAGGAAUUCUUUGAAAUACUGGAUAUGAACGGCGCCACCGACCGGACGCUGUCUCGAGCUAAGCCAUCAUCAGCAACCAGGUCACCCAUGUCUUCACCAUGA